AUGGCUGGAUUGGCCUCAGCUCUAAUUGUGCUGGUAACCAUACUGAAACUUGGACCACUGUUCCAGGAGCUGCCAAAGGCUGUCCUUGCUGCGAUUGUCUUUGUUAAUCUAAAGGGAAUGUUCAAACAGCACUUUGACGUCAUUACACUGUGGAAGCACAGCAAGAUCGAUCUGGUGGUGUGGUUGGUCACAUGGGUGUCAACACUGCUGCUGAAUCUAGAUCUGGGUCUGGCAGCUUCCAUUACCUUUGCUCUGCUUACAGUUAUAUUCAGGACUCAGAUGCCAACAUACUCUGUUCUGGGAAAUAUUCCAGGUACAGAACUGUACUUGGAUAUUGAGACACACAGAGAGGCAAGAGAAAUUCCAGGUGUGACUAUUUUCCGCUCCUCUGCCACAGUAUACUUUGCCAAUGCUGAGCUUUACCUGGAGGCCCUGAAACAAAAGAGUGGGCUUGACAUUGGUAAAAUGAUCAUCUAUAAGAGGCGACAGGAGGCUAAACAGAAACGCAGAGAGAGAAGAGCUGAGAGACGGGCCAAGAGGCAGGCCAAGAGAGAGAGACGAGCACAGAGAGGAGCCGUACAGCCGCCGUGUGCACCUGUGUUCUCUGUGGAGGAAGAGGCCGGCUGGGGCGACACACGCAUGGAUGAGAAUGUCACAGGCAACGUAGAUGAAGGCUGGACGGAGAGAGAGAACGGGACAGUGUUUGUCAUCCCGACCUCUCCCCGAGCACCAGACAGCCCCUGCAGAUGGGAAUAUCUAAAAGGAGGAGCUCCAGACUCGACAAGUUUGGGCUGGAUGUCUGACCUGCAGGACGGAGACACCACCACUCUGGGCUCCAGCAGUGAGGACACGCUGAGUCGUGACCUGGAGCGGGUGUCGCUUGGUUCUCUGGGCAAGUGGACCUGGGACAUUCACUCCAUCGUUCUUGACUUAUCCACUGCGAACUUCAUUGACACGGUGGCUAUCAAGACUAUUAAAAAUAUUUUCCAGGACUUCAGUGAAAUUGAUGUGGAUAUCUACAUUUCUGGCUGUCAAGCCUCUGUGGUGGAGCAGUUAGAGCUUGGCAACUUCUUCUCCGAGUCAAUAACAAAGAGACACCUCUUUGCCUCCGUUCACGACGCCGUGCUCUACUGUCAGGACCACCGUGGAGCAACAUCAUUUCCCACAUUUGAGCCAUCAGUGGACAUGCACAGCAGUACAAAACUGUAAGGACUCCACUGGACAACAGGAUCACAAAACUUGUAAAUACAUAAAUGCUUCAAAUAUACUGAUAUUUAUACAUUUCAUCUUCUGACAAGUGUGACAUAUUAUUGGAAUUGAACUUUAUUCUGUGUAAGAGAGUUACAGUGCAUUCUAAUAAUUAAAAAAACAACCCCAAAACCAA